ACACGCAAUCGAACUGUGUCAACUGGUAUGCAUUGUAAUUAAAUUAAGAGAUCCAAAGGAAAAUAUAUUCCCCCCACCACUUAGAAAGUCAUACACGCACGGAUACAUAAUUGCAUGUACAAACGUUGCAGCAAAAUUAUAACAUCACUUGAGUGAAUCGAUUCACCUUUUGGGAAGAUUUUUUCAACCCCCCCAAGCUAUUGGUAUCUUAAAGUACAAAAAAAUGAAAAUUUUACACAAAUUGGGAAACAGCAUGUUCCGAACGGCUAGGAGAAGCUUCUCUCUGGUGACGAAGCAAGCGCAUGAUUUUACCGCCCAAGGGUUGAACAAGAACAACGAAAUUAUAAACGUGCAGUUAUCCUCCUACAUAGGGAAAAAGUAUUGCUGCCUGUUGUUUUACCCCUUAAAUUAUACCUUUGUGUGUCCAACGGAAAUAAUCGAAUUUAAUAAGCAUGUAAAAUCGUUUGAGGAGAAAAAUGUGGAGCUGUUAGGAAUAUCAGUAGACUCCGUGUAUAGCCAUUUGGCAUGGAAAAAUAUGCCCAUUGAAAAAGGUGGCAUAGGAAAUGUCAAUUUUACACUAGUGUCAGAUAUAAAUAAAGAAAUAGCAAAAAUGUAUGAUGUGCUGUACGAGAAUUCUUUCGCAUUGAGGGGGUUAUUCAUAGUCGACCUACAAGGAAAGGUUAGACACCAAACGGUUAAUGAUUUGCCUCUUGGAAGAAGUGUAGAUGAAGUGUUAAGGACAAUAGAUUCGAUUAUUCACGUAGAUAAGAGUGGUGAUGUGUGUCCAAUUAACUGGAAAAAGGGCGCCAAGUCGUUUAAGCCAACCAGUGAUUCUCUCCUGAAUUAUUUAAACACGGAGAUGAAGAAGGAGUAGCAUCGAAAGGGGUCAGCUCUACAAGCCCGCUAUGCGCGUAACGGGUUAUGCCUUAUUCACCCGCAAAAGAGGGAUCUCAAAAAGGGGAAAAAAAACAAGCAAUAAAACAGCUAACAAGCAAAAUACUCCCCAAAUGAACUACCCCUGAUGGGAUCCCAUGUGGGGUGAAGAACCUCGACGAGGGAGACACCUGCAUGUACACCUGCUCACAACGCGAAUGCAAUUUUUUUUGCGAAUUUGCAAAAUGGUGUAUGUAUUCCAUUUCGUUUUGUCACCCCCAAGAGAGGGGCUACAACGGUUUUGUGAAUUCCCGCAAUUUUGCUCCCUCCCCGUUUUAGAAGUCGCACCUGUUUAUCCAUUUAGUCGCCUGCACACUCACCUGCGCGAGUUGUGCCGUUCUUUUUUAUUUUCGUUCCCAUACGAUGCGCCCCGCAUUUAUGCUUAACCCUUCACGUUGUGAAAACUACGCAAAGCUCGACAUUUCAAGGGGGAAAGCGCGCACACCGUCUAGCCGCACAG